AUGGAUGCAAAUGUGAUCACCAUCGAGAAUUCCAUAUCAGAUGAGAAGUUAUUAUAUCUCUUCCGUGAAGAAGUUAUAUAUAUCACUGGAAUUGGUCCUGGUGUUUAUUCUAUUCACUCACCAAGAAUACCACCCACAGAAGAAAUAUGCCUCUCCGAUUUCUUAUCUCGGGUUGAUGUAGUAAAUAACCAUCCAUGGACACCUGAAUCUAGAUUAGUUACUGGUGUUCUUAAGUUUAAAAAGAUUUAUUACACUUUCAGAAAAAAUUAUUUGAUGUGUAUCUUGCGUGUUGCAUAUCAUGGUCGGAAUCUUAAAGAUGUUGUGAUAACAGCACUCAUCAAAUUCAAGUAUUUAUAUUGCAAUAUAAUCAAUCUAUUUGAAUGCCCGUCGAGAGAAUGUCUGGAGAAAUCUAUUCUCGGUGCUGCCGCAACAAAUGACGAUGCCAUAAAAAUUGGUUCCCCACCUGUAUAA